AUGGCACCAUCAUUCCAAUUGCAACAUACCGAAGACCUUCGUCUCUUCCAUUUUGAUAGAGUGCUCAGCGAAGACACGGCCGCGCGCACGCUUGUCGUGCUGGGCAGCUUUCCAGCCGGCGACGACACCGAUGCCCGACUUCCUGCCAUUGUCCGCGUCGAGAAGACCGCGCUCCCCGCGGCCGCCCCGGCGGCCCUCGUCUCAGGGAUGGUCCGCGAUGUGCAGGUCAUCGAGCACAACGACAUUUAUACGUGGCUGCUCGCUUGGCUGCAGCCCUCCCAAGAGCGUCCAGAUGUGAAAAUCAACAUCAUCUGCCCCGCGACGGACGUGCAUAUCCGCAAGUACUCCGCGCAGAAAAUCCUGAUGGUGCACGAAACGCCCGCCCUGUACGAAGCCAUCGUGAUGCCGUACAUCGCGGCGUUCCCGCGCAGCCGCACGCAAUGGGUGACCGACAUCAUCGAGGGCCGCGCGGAGGCGGCCCAGGUGCUCCACCGCGACGCGCACCCCGACUACGGCUACGUGCUGCUCCCGGACAUGAAGUGGGACCGCACCACGCUCGCCGCGCUCUACCUCGUCGCGAUCGCCGCGUCGCCCGCCGUCCGCAGCCUGCGCUGUUUGCGGAAGGCGCACGUCGGCAUGCUGCAGAGCAUCCGCGCCGAGGCCGUGCGCGCGGUGCGCGAGCGCUGGGGGCUCGGCGCGGGCGCCCUGCGCAUGUACGUGCACUACCAGCCGUCAUAUUACCAGUUCCAUGUGCACAUCGUCCACGCGGAGUACCAGGGCCUGCUGGGCAUGUCGGUGGGGCAGGCGCAUCUGCUGGACGACAUCAUUUCGUUGCUCGAGCUGGGCCCGGACGACGGCCCUUCGGUUUUCCAGCGCAUGACCCUGACGUACGGCCUGGGCGAGCAGCACGGGCUGUUCGAGCCGCUGAGGGCGGCGCAGAGCCAAGUCGAUCUCUGA